UUCAACCAGGAGCAGCGGUAGUGUUGUGUGUGUGUCGAGUUAACAACGUUAGUUUUAGGCGUCUUUAGCUUCAAUUAUGCCGUAUGCUAACCAGCCGACGGUGAAAAUCACAGAACUGACAGACGAAAAUGUCAAGUUCGUCAUUGAAAACACUGAUUUGGCGGUUGCAAAUUCUAUACGCCGUGUCUUCAUGUCAGAAGUUCCCACUAUAGCGAUUGAUUGGAUCCAGAUCGAUGCCAAUUCCUCAGUACUGCAUGAUGAGUUCAUUGCGCACAGAGUCGGUCUCAUACCUCUCACGAGUGAUGACAUUGUGGACAAAAUGCAGUAUUCUAGGGACUGUACCUGUGAUGAUUUCUGUCCAGAGUGUUCUGUUGAGUUGACCCUUGAUGUUCGAUGUACUGAAGAUCAGACGCGUCAUGUCACCUCACGUGACCUUUUAUCCAACAACCCCAGAGUCAUCCCGGUGACUUCCAGGAGUCGAGACAAUGAUCCCAAUGACUACGUUGAACAAGAUGACAUUUUGCUGGUGAAGCUUCGUAAAGGUCAGGAGCUGCGACUCAGGGCGUACGCAAAGAAAGGCUUUGGUAAGGAGCACGCCAAGUGGAACCCAACAGCAGGGGUGUCCUUCGAGUAUGAUCCAGACAACGCACUGAGGCACACAGUCUACCCACGACCUGAGGAGUGGCCGAAGAGUGAAUACUCAGAGAUCGAGGAGGAUGAGGUUCAGGCUCCCUACGACCCCAAUGGAAAACCAGAAAGGUUCUUUUACAACGUGGAGUCAUGUGGCUCCCUGCGACCGGAGACCAUUGUCAUGUCAGCGCUGGCCGUCCUCAAGAAGAAGCUGAGUGACCUGCAGACCCAGCUGAGCCAUGAGAUCCAGAGCGACGUGCUCACCAUCAACUGAGGACAUCUCACUUACAGACCAGGACUCGCCCUCACUCAGCUUUGUAAUGAUCAGAGGGGCUGACUUUAGGAUCACUGUUGAGGUCACAUGGCACACGUCCCAGUAUCGUUUAUGGAGUUGAUGGAUUUUUCCAGCAGCAGCAAUUGUGACAUAAAGCGGUUGUGCUAAGGAGGCCAAUGCAGGUUCAAGUGUGUGAGAGGGAGUUUGUCUCAGAAAUUUAUUUUGUUGCUGUCAGUGUAAAUGUUGCCUUUUAAAUAAAUCUGUUUUUGAAGAA